AUGUCUCUUAACAAGUCCAACAUCAGGGAAUACAAAUUGGUAGUCGUCGGUGGUGGUGGUGUCGGUAAGUCCGCAUUGACAAUACAACUAAUCCAUUCGCAUUUCGUCGACGAAUACGAUCCAACCAUUGAGGACUCAUAUAGGAAACAAGUGGUCAUUGAUGACAAGGUCACCGUGCUCGAUGUCCUGGACACGGCUGGACAAGAAGAAUACUCGGCUAUGAGAGAACAAUAUAUGAGGACCGGGGAAGGGUUCUUAUUGGUCUAUUCUGUCACCUCCAAGAACUCCUUCGAGGAACUGCUGACCUAUUAUCAACAGAUUCAAAGAGUUAAGGACUCAGAUUAUAUUCCUGUCGUCAUUGUCGGAAACAAAUCCGAUUUGGAAGAUGAAAGACAAGUUCCUUAUCAAUCUGGUGUUAAUUUGGCUAAACAAAUGAAUGCUCCAUUCUUGGAAACAUCUGCAAAGCAAGCUAUCAAUGUGGAAGAAGCGUUUUAUACUUUGGUAAGAUUGGUUAGAGAUAACGGUGGUUCCUUUAAUAAGACUAAUGAAGCCAAUGAAGAUGCUGAAAAAAAUGCUGCUAUUAAUAACGAAAAGGGUAUCAAUAAUAAUACCACAAAUACAAACCCUAACACACAACCUUCGGCAGAUGCUGCAAGCACAAGUAUAUCGAAUAUACCAGCAACUACUUCACCAACAAUAUCUGCCAAUAAUCAAGAUAAUACAAAUAGAAUAGACAACUUGACCGAUAACAUUAAUAAUAACAACGCAAGAGGUAAACAAAGCGCAGCUGCUGAUCAGGCACAAGGAAUGGGAUCCGUUUCACCACAAAAUGCAAAGGGAGCUAAAGUUACCUCUAAAUCUAAUUCACAAGCUCAAGGUCAAUCCAAACCUGCAAGAACAACACAACAACAAGGUGGAGCUUCCACUUCAGGCGCUGAUUCCAGCAGCGGUGGUGGCUGUUGCGUAAUUGUUUAG